UGCAGAACACCGGAAGUACAAUAGAGGUCGCCACAUGACUCCGAUUGAAUGUGAACGAUGCCGGUUGCGCUGUAUUGGAGGAGCUCUAAAGACUGUCCCUGUUUCGAAUGGUUUUUGCGGCAGUGUCACUGGUGAUGAAGACAACGUAUUCAACCACGUUCAACCUCAUAGCUAGACGUAAGAAUCGCAGGGACCAUAACACUAUAGUUACCAAAACGAAAUCGGUACAUGAACAACACAUUCUGUAGAUUAUCUAAAUAUCUGAACGACACAACUUAGGGAUCGCAUAAACAUAUGCCAUGUGGAAAUCGUAGACGAUAUCAAUUCAGAAUACCCUUUGGACUCUCCCCUGCGUUUGACGUUAAGGUUGUUUUCUAGACUGGAUCCCUGAGCUGUGCCUUUGAUUCCUUGGCAAUAUUGCCAUGCCUUUAGCGGAUUUUCUGGGGGCUCUGAAGGACAACCCCUACUUCGGGGCUGGCUUUGGCUUGGUUGGCGUGGGUACGGCACUCGCUUUGGCCAGGAAGGGGGCUCAGGUGGGGAUGGUUUUCUUUCGGCGCCACUACAUGAUUACCUUGGAGGUGCCCAGUCGUGACAAGAGCUACCACUGGCUGCUGAACUGGAUCACCAAGCACGCCCGGCAUACGCAGCACCUCAGCGUGGAGACGUCUUACAUGCAGCAUGAGAGUGGGCGUAUCCACACGCAGUUUGACUUCCACCCCAGUCCCGGGAACCAUAUCAUCUGGUACAAGCACAAAUGGAUCAGGGUAGAGAGAACCAGGGAAAAACAGAUGUUGAACCUGAACACAGGCACGCCCUGGGAGUCUGUGACUUUCACCUCCCUGGGGAGGGACCGGGAAGUUUUCUUCAACAUCCUUCAGGAAGCAAGGGAGCUGGCGCUGAAACAGGAGGAGGGCCGGACAGUCAUGUACACCGCCAUGGGCGCCGAGUGGAGGCCUUUCGGGUUCCCUCGGCGCCGUAGACCGCUGAGCUCCGUGGUGCUGGAACGCGGCCUGGCCGAGCGGAUCGUGGAGGACGUGAAGGAGUUCAUCGAUCACCCAAAGUGGUACAUCGAACGAGGUAUCCCAUACAGACGGGGCUACCUGCUCUACGGGCCUCCAGGAUGUGGGAAGAGCAGUUUCAUAACAGCGCUGGCUGGUGAACUGGGCUACAGCAUCUGUCUGAUGAGCCUGAGCGACCGAAGCCUGUCUGACGACCGUCUGAACCAUCUGCUGAGUGUGGCCCCACAGCAGAGCAUCGUCCUGCUGGAGGAUGUGGAUGCUGCGUUCGUCAGCCGCGAGCUGCUGCCCACUGAGAACCCCUUGGCCUAUCAGGGCAUGGGCAGACUCACGUUCAGCGGCCUCCUCAAUGCCCUGGAUGGCGUGGCCUCCUCGGAAGCCAGGAUCGUCUUCAUGACCACCAACUUCAUUGACCGACUGGACCCGGCAUUGAUCCGGCCCGGCCGGGUAGAUCUCAAGCAGUAUGUGGGUCACUGCAGUCGCUGGCAGUUGAACCAGAUGUUCUGCAGGUUCUAUCCAAGCGAGCCUUUGGCUGAGGCAGAGCGUUUUGCAGAGCUCGCCUUGGGGGUGGAGCCCCAGCUGAGCGCCGCUCAGGUUCAGGGGCACUUCAUGCUCUACAAGUUGGAUCCCACGGGAUCCAUAGACAAUGUAGAGAAGAUCAAGCAGUGAGGACAGCAGGACACGAUCUGUAAUGGAACCUGACUUGGACUGGAGGUUCUGAAAUGGCCUCAAAGAAUGCUGGUCAUAAUGAAUUGUGGUGAAUCACGAUGAAUCAUCAUGAACCAACUUGAGCCCGUCUGUCUCUGUAUGGUCCUACUUGUAAACCCCUCCCUCAUUUAAUGAGAAGGGGGGGGGGUGUGCUGGACAAUUUAAUGUUGUAAAUCUAUAAAAAGGGUUGGUCCAUUCA